UUUCUCCUCUGUGUGGGCGGGACAAAUGAUUUUAACAGCCAAUCACGAUGCGCUAUUCACAGGACGCCCCAAAUUACGAGGAACUGAUUGCGUCUUCUGUAGAAGAUCUCAAAUUUAGACCGGAAGUGACUGUCUCCAUAGCAACAUGUCUAUAGUGAACAUGGAGUUCUUACAGUGGGACUGUGAUGAAGUUGCUGGAUGGAUCGARUCUUUGGGAUUUCCUCAGUAUAAAGCUUGUUUCACUGAGAAUUUCAUCACAGGAAGAAAGCUCAUUUAUGUAAACUGCAAUUACUUGCCACGGCUUGGAGUGACGGACUUUAAAGACAUGCAGAUCAUCUCUGCUCGUGUACGUGAGCUGCUGGGGAUCACAGAGACCCCRUGGAGUCGCAGCAUCGCUGACCCUCGCCGGAGCGCCGCGGCCCUGUUUCUGGAGCAGAAGAGCCGGACGGGUGAGCGCGCGGACCGCCUCACCUACUCAGCCGUUCCUGCAAGGAUUGCAUCAGUGAGAAGCCAAAUGUGAAUCACAGCAGUAAAGGAGCAAAGCAAAGUCAUGUCAGUGUCAUUUCAAAUCACACACUGUCAGCAGGCGAUGAUGUCGAUGAGACACUCACAGCGUAUAGGUCACAAGCAGGCCUUGAUAUUAGCACGUCCAAGCAGCAUAAUGGGAGUUUUGUUGCAAAACAGGAAAAACCUUUUCAAUGGGUUUCUGCUGGCUGUCAACACUAUGAGAACAAAUACACAGUAGCUCUAACUCGAUCAAAUGUGCAGAUAUUGACUUGAAAUUUGGUGAGGCAGAUCCCUAACACAUGCUCUGAGCACUGACUCAAGGUCUUAGUUUAAAAUUUAGCCAAAAACUGUUUGGAGUUAACGCUGUCUUUUAGCAAAAUGUCUCAUGAACCACCAGAAUGAUUUAAAUAAAACAUCAAGGAAAUAUUGUAAUUCUAGAUUGAACAAUGAACUGAUAAACCUUUGUUGCCAAAUCCAUUUCAAGAUGGCCGCAGUAGCAAACUGACAUUAAAAAAGGCAUUAAUGGUAACUUGAGUUUUUUCCUCUCUACUGCCAGUGUUGUAGAAAGUACCACAAAGUGAUAAGUAAAAGUACAAGUAUCUUACCAAAAAAUUA